GAGAUCAUGAAAAAUCUUCCAAACUCUUAACAAAUUUGUAUUUCACCACUAUAAUGCCGAUGUUAAACACUAAAUGCACUUCUGAACAUUAUUUAACAAGGUGUUUCUGUUUGGCAUCGCAUGACAAAGAAAAACGCGGAAACGAUGUUUAUUUUUGGUUUCAGUGCCCGAUGUGCGGUAGAUGAUGUUGCUGCUGUGAGUAGUACGACUGUUUUAGAUUAGCCUAAUUGUUCACAAUUUAAAAACGUAACAAAUGGAGGAUGCAGAAAGGUUAUGCAUCUCCAGCUGUUGUUCGGACUGGAUGUCCGAGAUGCCCUUUGCUUUUUGGGACACACCGCUGUGGAAUCUCGCUAUACCCGGAAGUCAUGACACCAUGACUUACUGUUUAGAUGAGCGGUCGUCAGUAGUCCAGUCUUCGCCGAGGGUGUUGCGAGUGUUGGACACUGUACUUCCCUGUAUCGUUCGGCCCUGUAUAAUCAAAUGGGCGACAACACAGGAAGAUAGCAUCUCUAACCAGCUGGAUUUAGGCAUUCGGUUUCUCGAUUUAAGAAUAGCUCAUAAGAUAAAAGACCCUGAUAAAGUUUUCUACUUUGCACAUGGGAUCUACUCUCUUCUGACAGUGAAAGAAGCACUCACAGAAGUUGCUCACUGGUUAGAUCAGCACACCAAGGAAGUGGUCAUUAUUGCUCUUUCUGCCUUUGAUGGCAUGAACCUGGAUCAACACAAAGACCUCAUUCAAUUCCUCAUAUGCACAUUUGAUAAUAAAAUUUGUCCCAAUCACAUCAUACCCUCGCUACGGCAGUGCUGGAAACACAAUUAUCAGGUUAUUCUGUCAUAUGAUGACUCGGCUGCUUCUGGAUAUGAGGAGCUCUGGCCACAGUGUGAAUAUUGGUGGGCGAACACAUCAGAUCCAAGCCAUGUCAUAUCCUACCUGGAGGAGCGGAAAGCGGAAGGAAGACCAGGUCAGUUUUUUGCUGCUGGUCUGAACCUAACUGAGGAUGCCAAGUAUAUUCUUUCUCAUCCGUGCCAGUCAUUACAAAGCAUGACCUUGAGCUCCUAUGGUCUGCUCCUGAACUGGGUCAAGCAGCAGUGCCCAGGCCCGGGUAAAUCAUGUCUUAACAUCAUCUGUACAGAUUUUGUGGGGGCCUUCAGCAAUGAAUUCACCCAGCUGGUUAUUGGACUCAAUCAAACACUGUUAAAAGAGACUUGACCCAUUAAUCUAACAUAAAUGACUUUACAUACAAAUGUAGCAUCUUUUUCACAGUUUAUCUCGCACAUUCUUGUUGUUUUUAGUGGAAGCCUUAUUGUUUUUAAUUUUAAUUUUUCUAUUCUUUUAUGAUGGUCCCUAAGCUGUGACUGGGGGAAAAAAAUUAUUGUGCAAUGCUGCCAUCUACAGGCAAUCCAUAUUUAGGUUCUUGUUUGAUACAUGGCACAAAAUAAUAUUACUUGUACUUUCAUAGUUACAUCAAACUUUUGAAAUGUCAUAAAGCUAAAUUUCUUUCCUGAUUUUGCUUCGAUAUUUGACAAAGGAAAGGACAGAUUCAUAUAAUCAAAGACUAAGUGGCUCAACAUAGCAUUACCUGUCCAAUGAGUCACACUUAAUAUUAGUAACAUCUAAUGUCCUGUCAUGACUUCAUCUAUUGUUGACACUCUGUAUGGCUUUCAGUCUAUGAAGGUUACAUGUAUCUGUGGGGUCUAAUUUUAGACGCCCCAUUGAACGCACUCUCUGAAGUCCUUAACAUUUAUAGUAUCUACUUAAAUGAUAAUCCAGUUUACUGAUGCCUUUCACAAUCAGUUUGUGUAGGUUGUAUGAAUAAACAUGUUUUGAGUUUUA